AUGGCCAAUUUGCAUAGUCUUCCCGCUGGUUCUAGACCGGAGAAUGCGAUUUGCAACAAUGGACCGAACGACUUGGCGUUGGAGCGAGCAGCGACGCCUGCGAAUGAAAACCUGAAAUCGAUUUUCCAUCCCGAUGCAUACAUCCACACCACCUGGACGGGCCGCACAUUCUACCUGGACUUUAUCGCCGCUUCACAACGAGGCAUGGAUAACGGCGCUUCCAUAAUGCACCGGGUCCACAUUUCGACGACUAAUAUCCCCCAGAUGCCCGCCCGGUUCCUGCGCCAUUGGUACGAAAAGGAUAAACUUCUGCCGGUAAAAAAAUUGCAAGGGUAUCCCAACGGUUACCGGUACGUGGCGUACUGCCAGGAGAAAACGAUGCGUGUUGAGGUCCUGCGCGACAUGCCCGGUCAUCGGAGGAAGAAUUACAAUGCGAAUGGGCAGGAACAUGAUUUGCCGUGUUGGCAGUGCAAACGAUGGCCGGACGGUGAGGCUGUGGACAUAUAA